CCGGUCAGGGCUCGCCUUGCAAGAAAAAUGGGUCGCGAGUUCUUCGGAGAAUUGUCUGGUCAGUUCAACUCUCGCGGCCGCUCAGGCAGCACUCGUGAUAUUUCUUCUAAAAACGACGGUCUUUCUCGACCGAGUGGCGACGCAAAAAGCGGCGUUGCUUAGACGUUCUGCAGACAAACAUGUCCACACAUGUCCGGAGAUUUUUUUUCAAACGUCUUGUGCCUACUUUCUAUGUCUUUACGGUGACCAACUUUCAUCGUGGGGCGUCGCUGUCGUUCCGAGGAAUCGCGGACCCGAUCUCCGCUGUUGCGAAAAAGACUUCAGCGAAAUCCUUUCACACGCAGAGGAACGCAACAACUGCAGCUGGUGGACAUCCGUACCGUACGGUGCCAACUUUUUUAGUGACGGCUUCGUUUGACAGUUCAUGCGGUCCCGUGGCGACAGCGCGACUUCUUGGUCGAAAAGGACUGAAGAAUUGCCGCCAGUCGUGCAGGGCAGGCGUUCCAUUCUUCAAAGAAGAAAAGCUGCCUGUUUGUCAUCACAAAAAUAUGCGAGCUCUUUGAAACAUGCAACGCAGUCUGCCGCGUUCAAGAAGAGUGCCGGUGUUGAACGGUAUGGCGCGCAAGUCCUUUUGACUCUUCUAAGCGGAGACCUGCGCACCAUCCCAAGGAACAGAAAGAGCGUAUUCUUCGGCUCAAAAAACCUGGAGGAGAGACCAUCAGGAAGUCUCUCGACUUCAAACGCAGACUUACGAAGCAACGCGUUGUCACCGACACCCGACGACGGCAAGGGGCCGACGCGUCUGCUACAGCGGGGGAUUCCGUCCAGUCGAAGAUCCUUGGAAACAGGAACGACUCCCGUCCAUCUAAGCACUGUAAAGACCGUCUCUCUGGCGCAAAAGGAAAGAGCAAAGACUUUCUUCUGUGUCAGAAAUGCCGGCGGUGUGCACUCAAGUUCCACCAGACUUCAGAAACGCACUACCUCAGAGCGCGACCAACAUAGUCGAUUCGUGCCUUCUAUCAAGAGUGGCAUCCAGCGUGCUCUGAAGAUUCAACAGUUGACGCCACAACAGGUAGAUGUGUGAUUUUCUCUACGGUAUUUUUUUUCGCCUCCACGGUGUGCGAGAGUCUGUAUACGGGGGGGUUGAAACGUCGGCUCUCUGAGGAUUCGACUCGCGUUCAGCAGUUUUCGACCGCGGAGUGUCUGCGCUAAGUCCGUUUGUCUCGACAAAUGCCUCCCUUUACAUGUUUUUGGAGGAUCGAGAAACAAGAAAGAAAAUUUGGUCGAGGUCAGUUACUCGAGCAGAAAGAUAAACGAGACACUCGCGUCGACGUCAUUGUGCCCGAGUCACCGCACGCAUGCGCGUACAUGCGAGGACUGGACGAUGGAUUUGCUUUUUCUCUCGCGACGCUCAGGUUUUUCCCGCUUUCGGAGCUCCCGGAGCAUCUCAUGAACGUCACCUCUCCCUCUUUCUGUGGAAUUCUUUCCUUUCUCAACACCGCGUUCGCGCGGACUUCCCGGGCGGACACGGAGGCAGCAAACGCCAUGCGAGAGAGAGGCCGCAUGUCUCGUUUCAUUUGUUUCCUCCAUGCGUUUUCAGUUUCUCUUCGGCCUGCGUACUCUUCUCGAAACUUCCUCACGCGCAGUUGCGUCGGUUUCUUCCUUGGUGACCGUGACCCGCGGGACUCGCUGCCGCCAGGUCCUCCCGCGUCGCGCGAGCCAUGAAAGCGUCCUUGUGCAGGUCUCUGGAAAGGCGACUUUCUAGACUUUCUGUUUGCGCCUCUUGACCUUUGGCUUUCCUCUCUGUCCGCUCGCGGCGAAGCGCAUUCAAGAGAUCAAGCGAGCACAACAGCAGGGGAGUCACGGCCUUGUUCUCGUGAAUCGGCUGGAAGAACGCAGGAUCAGCCUCCACUCGCUCCACUCGCUCCACUCGGUCCAGUCUGUCCAGUUUGUCGAAUCUUUCUUUGGCGGCGAAACAAGGCUGUCAUUGAACAACUGGGAUUUCUGCAGUUUGCGCGGGUGGUUUGACUGUACGCGGCGGCCGACCGCGAACAUCUUUCACUCUGCAUGCUUCCUUGCGAGUUUUCUGCCUCGCUGGCUACGCGGCGCGUUCUUUUUGGGGCGUUUCCACUUCAGAUCACACUCCGAACUCUCCCUUGCUCUCUCCCUUCAGAAGCUUCUCUUUCUUUUCGAAUUCGCUGUCCCACACCGUUUGUGAGUUGUCACCCUCGCCGUUUCUCUUUCGGUGAUUUCUCUGGGCCAGCAGCCGCAGAGCCGCUGGACCCACUGGCCUCGAUGCGUAUUUUCUUCUCUCCCCUCUUCCUCCAGCCUCUUUCUCUUUUUUCUCUGCGUCCAGAAACGCAAACAAAGGGAUCUUGCGGUGCUGAACGCGCAGGACGGAUCUCUGCACCCGGCUUCCGCCCCCCAACUCCUCGCCACCAUCUGCCGCGUGUCUCCUCCCCUGUCUCUCUCCCCUGUCUCUCUCCUCUGUCUCUCUCCCCUGUCUCUCUCCUCUGUCUCUCUCCUCUGUCUGGUCGUCUCCGCGUUCGCUGUCUCUUCCCCGCGCGCCUCUCCAGACAUGGGGGGUCACGGCGGCCUGAACAUUCUGCCGCAGAAGCGCUGGCACCUGUACAGACACGAUAACCGGCUGCGGGUCCAGCGAGACGAGACGCGCGACCGCGAGCGGCAGACGGCGACGCGCCAGGCAGAGGAGCAGAAGUCGAUGUCUGACAUUUUGACUCUCUUGAAGAGACGCAAAGUGGAGGCAGCUGAUAAGGCAAGAGCGCGGAGUCCCGGCGGCGCAGAGGAAGAAAGCCGAGACCGAACCGCGGGAGAGAGACAUGAACCGCGGCGUCUGUACGAGAAGGUCCACUCUGAUGACGCACUCGCUUCCUCGGCUUCUCUCUCUCUUGCAGCUGCGGAGUCUCCCAACGACUUCUCCGUCGCCGGCCAGGCAACUGCUUCGUCUCGUCCUCAAACUUCCUCUGUCUCUGCUCGCUCGUCUUCUUCGUCGUUCGCUUCUGCGUUUUCUGGAUCUCCUUCUUUGGCGUCGGCCUCGCCGUCUCGGCUUUCUGCAAGAAGCACAGGCGUCGAGGAGGUUCGCGGCACCUGCCUUCCUCUCGGCGUCAUCGCCGCCGUUCGGCGCCGCGGAGACAGCCUGCAUCAAAGCUCGACUCUUGCAGACUCGGAGCCGUUUCUGGAUGCGUUCUUCCCGAGGGAGGAAGGUUUCCUAGCUGGAGAAGACUGCAUGGCAGAUGAACCGUCAGCCUCCAGCCUGGAGACUGACGCGUUCUUCUCACAGAGGACGGCAGCCAUCGUUCGAAUUCGAGCUGCGUCUUCUGCAGUGUCUUCGUCUUCCGUCCGUUCGUCUUCCUCGUCUUCCGCCUCUUCGUUCGAGAGUCACGGAAGCUCGGUGCCGUCCUCUGCCUGCGUCGCGAAAGCAGUGAGCGCGAGUUCUUGGCAGGUCGGCGCCGCGCAGGCGGGAGGGCGCCGAGGAGCGCCCCGGCCAGGUCACCUGAAUUUCUUUUCGGCGGAGGAGAAGGAACUGCACAAGCUGGAGGAGCAGAGACGAAAGUACCUGCAGCAAGCUGGACACACAGAGGACGCGCAGAGCGACUUCGACCGCGUAGUUCGACAGGCAGUCCACGCAACACCGUGGUAUCACUGCCCCCCCUCGUCUGUGUCUGAGAAAGCCGCGACAGUCCCCCGUGUUUCGAGUCGCGAGACCUUGAAACAACUGCGUCUGCAAGAGGCCAGAGAGGCCGCCGCCCGCGUUCUCGACCGUCGCUCUCGCCGACUCGAGUCGGUCGUCCUGCAGGGGACGUUUCCGGACUCUCUCGAGCCUGCAACCGAGGACGACGCGCAGGCGCGAGGGCCGGAGGACGACGCGCGGAGCGAGACGGCUGGGGAGAAGCUGAAGGCGCUGAAGCGACAGAGGAAACUGGAGAGGAAGCGAGAGCAGGAGCGGGAGAAGGCAUGGACGCGGAAGCUCCGGAGAGAGAAGAAGGAGAAGAGGAGAGAGAAAAGGAAAAGGCGCGCUCGCGUGGAGAGAGAGCACACGGAGGGCGGCCGAGUCUGCAUGGUGGUUUCUGAGGACGAAGCGCCAGUGUUGUCCAUUUCGAGUGUCUCUGAAGACGAGGAGAGGCGACAGGGAAAAGAGACAGAUGAAGACGAGUGCGUCUGUCUGUUCGAGGCGCCUCCACAGGAGGAGGCCGUACGGAGAGAGAACCAGCAGACAGACGCGCUGCUUCUUCUCUCAGCCGAGAGUUCGAGUGAAUCCGAGGCAGCCGCAGAAGGGCAUGCAGACCGCAGUCAGGGGGGAAACGAAGAGGGUGCUCCAGAUGCAGGAUAAUGGACGUUCGCCAUCGCAGAGGGGCGUCAUGCGAGAGAGGAGACACCAUAGAGAAUCCACGAAGAGUUCUUCUCACCAAUCUCGAGUGGUAACUCGGAAGUGAGACGUCUCUUUCCUGCGCCCCUGAGAGGCUCUGUGCGAGUCACUCAGAGCAUCUGAGCUGCAUCAGGCGGCAGGACCGCGGGUGAGGUUCCGUUUUCUUCUCCUCGGGCCGCGGCUUUUUGUGGAGCUGCACGCAAGACAAGACAGAGCUCCCGUCGGCGAACGAGGGCGGGGAGUCUGUUUCUGCCGAGGCGUCGAGCGCGGGAGAAACAUCCACGGGAGGCCUUCUCGAGUGUGGAGUUCGAUUCAGGGAAGAAACGCUUCAGAGGCUCUGUCGAGGGCCACCGGCGAAGGCGCGCGCGUCUCCACUGGGUUCGAGGCAGGCACUCUCUGCAGUGACUUUCUUCUCUUUCUGGUUCUGGCCACCGCGACAGCGAACGAGGGGAAGGCGAAGGCUUUCUCCUCUCUUGCUGUUCCUUCAAAAGCUGCUUCUUCAACCUCACAUCCCCGCAAACCUCUCGAAACGACCUGCUUGCGACGUUUUUAUCCUGCUGGUGUGCAGAACAGGUCCGACCCUGCAUGGAGGGCAGGCAUGUGAGUCUCGCAGAGAGGAGAAGAAGCGGUUUCGGAGGCCUGAAAGGGAACGUGAGUCGGCGUAGAGAAACAGAGACUACUUCAGGAAAGACGACUGGGAAAUCCUGUGAAAUUCGCGAACUUGUUCAUGCCUAAAAACUGGUAGGCGACCCCGGCGCGCUACUCCUGGAUAAGGGGAAACGUCUUUUAAACUGAAAGCAACGACGCAAAAAACAAAGAGAGACACUCAAAGCCCCACCAACUCCUCUCGGAGAAGGAACUCGAGAGAAAAACAAAGAAGAGAGAACCAGGCAGAGCGAAAAGCAAGGCGAGAGGACAACGGGGCGAUCAAGAAAGUCAGGCCUUGGUUUUCGAGCGCGAGAAGAGCGUGGAGGGAGGUGCUCACCCCGCGAGGAAGUCAUGAGCAAAACUCGAAGACAGGGAACGGAGAAUGAAGGAAAAGAAGCGUCCACAUGUGAGUUUGUCUUUUACGAUUUAACUCUGAGUCACUCCCCCUCGCCCUCCCCCCCCUCCCCAUGUCGCUUUUCGGUGGAACGAGUGUCGAGAUAAAGCAAACUGCUGGGAAAGAGAGAAAGCCUUUUUUUUAUUUUGCCGUCGAUGUCAGGCCCAGACUUUGCCUCUGAGUGGCUUUGUGUUCUCAGUCGGGUGGGGAGAGACUCCAUUGCUCUUUUUUUGGAGGGGGAGGGGGGUCUGCAGGUUUCGGAGCUCGCGGGGAGAAGUCUUGCGAAGGAGUUUUCGGACAAGGCUCGCCAGUUUCUUGAAGGAAUAGGGAAAGCAGAGAGGCAGAGACACGGAAGAAAUGCAGAACGCGUCGCUUCUCCUCUUGACGCCUUUGGGCGCGGUAGAACUUUUUCAACAAUUUCCGAGACAAGUUUCCGAGUCGAUAGACGCAGAUGACCCGAGCCAAGUGGCAGAGUCGUUUUCUGAGAGAAUUCAGGUGCAGCAUGGCCUUCUUUCUUUCUUUUUUUCUUUCUUUUUUUCUUUCUUCGCAUCUCUUAUUUCGGCUGAGGAAACUCUUCGGGUUUGAAGGGCUGCACUGCAAGCAAAGCCAGUUAAAAAGACCUACACAUGGAUACCUAUAGGGAUGCAGGCACACAUGUAAAUUCGAAAGUCUUUGAAGAAACAUAUAUACAUGGACAUGAAAUCAAAGAUGCGUCCUUCGAGGUUCACACGCAUCCCGAUCUGCCUAUUUUGAGUUGGAAACAGAUCUGUUUCUGCGCAUUUCGGAGACUCUUGCUAAAAGAUGACAAAAGGCCAUUGGGAGAGCCCUCGAGAAAACGGGUGGUGCCUCCACAGGCCUCGCGUCGGCCGUUUUCUCCCCUUCGUUCCAUGUCCUUGUCGAUAUAGUCUACCUGUUCCCUGUUUCUCGGUCUCAACGUCCCUCUUUCGCUGUUUGAAGAGCUCUGUCCUUCUGUCAGCCGCCCUCGUUAUCUAUGUUCGUCGGACUUCUCUCUGUCUUCCAUUCUCUGUCUCCGUAUUUCUCUAUUUCUCGCUUUCACCACUCCUCUCAGCUCCUCGAUCUAAAAUUCUCUCCCGUUCCUUCUCUCUGUCUCCUUCCUUUUCUCGCUGUCUCUCCGUCUCUCCUUUCCUCUGUGUCUGCUUUUCCCUCUGCCUUCCUUUCUCUCUGUCUCGCGUUUCUUUUUUUCGUCCUUCCACGUUGCUUUCUUUCGCUUUUUCUCUUCUUCGUUCUUCUUCUCUUGUCUGUUUUUCUCCGCUCUGCUAUUGGCCUCCUCCUUUUCCCCGUGCCGCUUUCCCCGCUAGCCGGCUCGGUGGAGACAGGGGGGGCCGGGGGAGGUCACAAGCUGUGCGGUUCCCCGGUGUCUCUCUGCAUGCG